GAAUAGGAGAAGAGGAGGGGCGGACUGACGGUGGGAGGUACAGAAGUUUGGGAUAAUUCUAAGGAGCUGAGACCCAAAACGUUGAGGCUGGAGUAGUCAACUGCAGUCAGGGAGAGAACAACGGAUGAUAAAACAAAGCACACUGACUUAUCCCUGACGGACCGACGACGAGGGGAAACAGCAGGAGAUCACCACUACGGCUGCAGAAGGCCAACAUACCAGCAUGCCACUACAAUACAAGCUGCUCCCGACUUCAUUGACAAGAGUGUGAAGGAAUCUGAACUGAUGCAUGAGCGCGAGAACCGCAAGGGGAGAUUUGAGAAAAGACGGGAGAGAGAGAGAAGUUGUUAACGUUUGUGAACCUUGUCCACCUGCUUGUAUACGUGGUUAAGAGGAGAGAGAGUUUCAGUGUAACUUGCAAGAAGAGAAGAGAACCGCAAGGAUCAGAGAGAGGCUCUACCCGGCUCCACGCAAUACAUGAACUGCAGUCUUCAACCAGUGCCAAGAUAAACAAAUGCAUUCAGUUGACCAUGAGUAUGAGUGGCACAUUGGAGAAGGGGGCUCACCACCAGGCCCUUGACCUCUCUGAGGAGCUCUCCCCCCACAUGCACCCCCACCAUCACCCCCACCACCAGCACCACCACCACCUCCAGCACUCCAACUCCCUGGCCUCCACCGCCCCCGUGGGGACACCCUCCGGCGUGGUGGUGCCUCCCCCGUACUUUGCAGCCGAGAGCGGGGGAGGAGGGAGUGACGCUCCCCUGGAGCUGAGGGGCUCUCUGGACUGCUGGGCGUGCUCAGUGCUGGUGACGGCCCAGAACCUGGUCAUAGCGGGGAUCAACGCCUGCCUGGCCGGACUGGUGUUCGGACUCAUCCUCACCCCGGCUAUAGUGAUGGUGGUGUUUGGGUUCCUGUGUCAUUCUACGGUGCGCCCUCAGGGGACGACCCGCUACUGUUCGGACCUGCUGAGCGACGGGGGCUGUGUGGCCCUCCUAGUGGUCGGGUUCCUCCUGGUCACCCCGCUCCUGGUACUGGCUCUGGCUGCCUACUGCCGCCUGGCGCGUCACCUCCAGUUGGGACUCUGCUUCAUACCGUACUCCAGGGCCGUCUACAAGAACCUGCCCGCUACAAAACACCAUGGCCUGGGAGGGGGCUGCUGUGGAGGCAGCAGGUCUGGAGGGGAGGGAGGCGGGAAGGGAAAGGUCUGGGUGUGAAGGGGGAGAAAGGGG